AUGGACGGACGGCGCCUGUGGGUCAUCAUGGCGCACGAGAAGUCGAAGUGUUCCGUACGGAUGCCAGAGCCGAAGGCGAUGAGGUGGUUCUCCGAGCGUCGGGAUCACAUCGCUGCGCCGUGGCUCUACGUUGCUGGCGAGUUGUACAGAAAGAUUGAAGCAGAUCAGCUCACGAACUGCGACUACACCAAGUUUGACCCGGCCAAGAGAUUGCGGCUGGAUUGGGCGCAGUACAAGGGCAUCGUGCUUCGGGACAUGCUGCAUCACGGCAUGGAACUGUACGAAGAAAUUCGGGAAGCCAGAGCCAUGAAGAAGGCACGUUUGGAAGCGAAGGUUGUUGUCGGUGAGCCGCUCCGGAUCAGAGACCCCUGGCAGUGA